UACACACAUACACAUAAGUAUGUGGACACCCCUUCAAAUUAGUGCAUUUGGCUAUUUCAGCCACAACUGUUAAUGACCGGUUUGUAGAAUUGAACACACGGCCAUGCAAUCUCCUUAGAUAAAUAUUGGCAGGAAAAUUGGUCUUACCGAAGAGCUCCGGUGACUUACUGCUCGGUCAACUGUAAGUGCUGUUAUUGUGAGGUGGAAAUGUCUAGGAGCAGCAACUGCUCAGCCACGAAGUGGUAGGCCACACAAGCUCACAGAACGCGAGUGCUGAAGCAGUGUAAAAAUCAGUUGUCCUCGGUUUCAACACUCACUACCGAAUAACAACCUGCCUCGCAGUAACGUCGGUACAAUAACUUCAUCGGGAGCAUCGUGAAAUUGGUUUCCAUGAGAUGUUCGACCAGCAGUUGUCUUACAUACUUUUGGUCAUGUAGUGUAUCGCUUUUGUACCACACGGUGGAGCCAGAAAUCAUCAAGGCUAUAUUAUUCUAUGCCAAUAAAGGGCAAUUCCAUGGCAAGUUUGUUUCAGUUAUGCUCCGAAAAGCUAUUUUCUUUUGUGAAUCUUCAGGAGAAAAUAAUACAACCGUUUGUUUGAGAGGGUCCAUCACCCCACAGCAUUGCACCCACCGGCCAAACGGUGUCUGCCCAACUGCAUUGGUCCGAGAGGAUUUUUGCUAACUAUCAACGAUACCAUCGUUCUGUUUCUCUAUGUAGCUAACCGGCAACAUCAGCGAUACUUCAAUGCCUCAAGUGGCUAGCGCGCGGAACACCAUUAACGUUAGUUGACAGUUGCACUUUAUGACAAGCUGUCUGCUCUCCUGAGGUAGACCACUGAUGGAGCAGCGGCCAAUAGGCUCUGGGGACAGUCUUCAUCAUGUUUCCGUGUGUUUCCUCCUGGCCCUCUGCUGAGCCCCCGUCGCCCUGUGGCCAUGCCCCCCAGCCCACACACACUCACACACAGCCCCUGCUGUGCAGCGGCCCUGCCCCAACAAUGAACCCUCACCCCCACCCUGUCCCAGACUACAUGGAGUCCCUCAUCGUGGUGACCGAGUACGAGCCCAAGGGAGGUGAGGAGGUGGAGGACAUGGACAGCUCCGAGACCCCUGAGCCUGGCGCACCCCUCUUCAGAACCCCCUCCUGCGACCAGCUGUCCCAUGCUGUGGGCCGCCCCGUGGCCCUGUUCCCCAAGCCCGAGGAGCACCGGGGAAGACUAAACCUGUCGGACAGGAAGCUGUCCCUGCAGGAGCGCUCCCAGACGGCCUCGUCUCCCUGUGGCUCCCCAGGGCUCAACGGCCACUUCAUCUACCCCUCGCUGCCCUACUCGCCCAUCACCUCGCCCCACUCCUCCCCCCGGCUGCCCCGUAGACCCACCGUGGAGUCUCACCGCGUCUCCAUCACUGACCUGCAGGACUGCGUGCAGCUCAACCAGUACAAGCUCAAAGAUGAAAUCGGAAAGGGCUCAUAUGGUGUUGUCAAGCUGGCCUACAAUGAAGACGACAACACCUACUAUGCAAUGAAAGUGCUGUCCAAGAAGAGGCUGAUGAGGCAGGCAGGUUUCCCACGGAGACCACCCCCCCGCGGCGCCAAAGCAGCCCCUGAAGGCCCCCCUCAGCCCAAAGGACCCCUGGAACGGGUCUACCAGGAGAUUGCCAUCCUGAAAAAGCUGGACCAUCCCAAUGUUGUGAAACUAGUAGAGGUUCUGGAUGACCCUGGUGAGGACCAUCUGUACAUGGUGUUUGAGCUGGUCAAACAGGGGGCUGUGAUGGAAGAGAUGCCCACAGACAAGCCGCUGAAUGAAGACCAGGCACGGUUCUACUUCCAAGACCUGCUCAGGGGGAUUGAGUUCUUGCAUUACCAGAGGAUCAUCCACCGGGACAUCAAGCCCUCUAACCUCCUAGUUGGGGAGGACGGUCAUAUUAAGAUCGCUGACUUUGGGGUCAGUAACCAGUUUGAGGGGGCAGACGCCCUUCUGACCAGCACGGUGGGCACGCCCGCCUUCCUCGCCCCAGAGACCCUCUCCGAGACCAGGAAGAACUUCUCUGGCAAGGCAUUGGAUAUUUGGGCCAUGGGAGUGACGCUCUAUUGUUUCGUGUUUGGAGUGUGUCCCUUUAUGGAUGAACGCAUCCUUAGUCUUCAUCAGAAGAUCAAGACCCAGCCAGUGGAGCUGCCAGAGCAUGCAGACAUAUCUGACGAUCUGAAAGAUCUGCUACUGAAGAUGCUGGACAAGAAUCCAGAGAGCAGGAUAUCAAUACCACAGAUUAAGGUGCACCCGUGGGUGACGAGGCACGGAGCGGAACCCCUCCCUCUGGAGGAUGAUAACUGCUCCAUGCUGAUUGAGGUGACCGAGGAGGAGGUGGAGAACUCUGUCAAACACAUCCCCAGUCUGGCCACUGUGAUCCUGGUGAGGACCAUGCUGAGGAAGCGCUCCUUUGGGAACCCCUUUGACUGGGGCCGUCAGAGGACCGAGGACAGAGGCACCAGUCUAUCUGCACCGGGACACAUGCUCACCAAAGGGAGAGCGGCCAAUGUGAGAUACUGCUACAUUCAUAGUAACCAAAGAAGGAAACAAGCGAGCAUGGAGGGCAUGAGAAGUAUGGACCUGCCCUUCGUGGGAGAAGAUGAGGCUCUUUCCUGAUGCCGUGUGGUUUUUAAGCGCGAGGGUUGGGGCAUGCUAGUGACUCGACUUGCAGUCCGCCCUCAAGCCCACCCUUCACUCACUGCUAUGUUAUGUUGUGGCAGCCACCAAUGUUUUUGUUUUUUUAGGUGGACGGGACUGUUGGAAGAGCUCCAUGACUUGUAUAGAGACGUGACUGGAGCCUGGACACCCUUCUGGGGGAAGCUCCCUUAUUGUCACUCUGUAAUGCAUGCUCAUGUUUCUAGUCAUAGCAUGCUCUGUCUCAGGCCUCUGAUGUACAGGUCUGUUUGCCUAGGUACCUGUGUUUCUCCAUCUCCACCAUUUGAAAAGACUCACGUUUAAUGCAGAGGUAAGUGGGAGGGGGUGUUUAUGGAUGGUUGUACAUUUCAAAGGGUGACUCCUGGUCCCCACAUUUCAGCAGAGCAGAGUACUUGACUAUGUUUGUCUGUACCACUCAUCAAUGUGGACAGUUUAGGAACAUUCAUGUUUUCAGUGGAAACCUGUAUAGGAGAGGUUUAUUGAGAUGAAAAAGGUUUUCUACAUUCAUAGUAUGCAUGUGUGUCUGUUGAUUUCUCAAUGCAAACAUUGUAGGUGCGACACAAGUUGCACAUUAAUAGAAUUAGUUGUUGCUGAACAAUCUAUUUGUUUUAUUAAGUCCUCACAAAUGAUUCAUUGUAAAAUGUCUCCCAGUUACCACAACUGGUGAAGAGCUUUUAAAAACGUAAUGUAACUAAAUGUUUCUAAUAUAUGUGUUUAGCAAAGGGGAUGAUACAGUGUUGAAGCUGAAAUCAAAAUCACGUUUGUUUCUUUUUAUAUGGUAAUAGAUUUACAGAUCUCAUUUUCAGAACACCAAAAAGGAAAUGGUUAUCAUAUUUUGUAAAGUAAUAUCAUUCAUAGAGAAACAAACACCUUUUAAAUAAGUGCAUUGCAAUGUCAUUGUGAAAUUGUAUGAAUUACUGGCACUUACAAAUGAAUUUUAAUACCAAGCGUAUAGCCUAGUGCGGCUGCAGACCUCUUGUACAAUCUAUGCAUGACAUAUCCCUUAUGGAAAUGUUGGAAUUAGUUUGACAUGGAUAAAGUUGUCAUCAGAUAUGGUAAGAUACAAAUGAGAUGGUAGAACUUCGACAUUGCCAGUAGAGUGCAAUCUUUUUAAAUUCUCUGCUUUUUCUCCAUUUUUAGAUGAGCCCAAAGUGGUGGAAUAAUCUCCCCAGUUCUCUAGUGGCAUGUGUUUUUAACAUUUUGCCCCGUUUUGCAUAUAGUUAGACAAUGUUGGUGUACAGAUCACUUCAGUCACUGAACAUGUUUAUGAUUCCAUAAGAUAUUAUUGAAACAACAGUAAUUCAACAAUGAAUGCUUCCACAUAGUGAUUAUUUCAGCACCAAAGUGUCAUUUUCUUGCAUGUCACUGCUGUAUGUGAAAACACGGUAUGUUGUGUUUUUUAAGACUUACUAUGCACUCCGUUGCAAUGCUGGACCCUCAGUCAGCCUGUCAUGUAUGCUGUGUUCGAUGGUAUCUGAGUGAGGAGGUCUCUAUAGCUGACCACUUACGGUGGUAUUCAAGUAUUCAUACCUCUUGACUUGUUCCACAUUUUGUUGUGUUACAGCUGGAAUUAAAAAUGAAUUAAAUAGUUUUUUUUCUCACCCAUUUACACACAAAAUGUACGCAAAUGUAUUGAAAAUUAAGUACAGAAAUAGCUCAUUUACAUAAGUAUUCACACCCUUCAGUCAAUGCAUGCUAGAAUCACCUUUGGCAGUGAUUACAACUGAGUUUCUGGGUAAGCAUCUAAGAGCGUUGUACACCUGGAUUGUAGUAUUGGCCCAUUAUUCUUUACAAAAAUGUUCAAGCUCUGUCAUAUUGGUUGUUGAUCAUUGCUCGACAACCAUUUUCAUGUUUUACCAUAGAUUUUCAAGCAGGUUUAAGCCACAACUGUAAAAAUUCACUGUCUUGAUAAACAGCUCCAUAAUUGAUUCUCCAGGCCUUGUGUUUUAAGUUAUUGUCCUGCUGAAAGGUGAAUUCAUCACUCAGUGUCUGGUGGAAAGCAGACUGAACCAGGUUUUCCUCUAGGAUUUUGCCUGUGCUUAGCUCCAUUUCAUUUAUAUAUAUUUUUUUUAUUAUUAUUUUUUUUACCCAUCUACCAAUAGGUGCUCUUUACAAGGCAUUGGAAAAUCUCCCUGGUCUUUGUGUUUGAAAUUCACUGCUCGACUGAGUGACCUUACAGAUAAUGGUAUGUGUUGGGUAUAGAGAUUAGGUAGUUAUUAAAAAUCAUUUUAAACACUAUUGUUGCACACAGCAUGAGUCCAUCCAACUUAUUUUGACUGACUUGUUAAGCUAAUUGUUACUCCUGAACUUUAGGCUUACCAUAACAAAGGGGUUGAAUACUUAUUGACUCAAAACAUUUCAGCUUUUCAUUUGAAACUUUUGAAAAACAUAAUUCCACAUUGACAUUAUGGGUUAUUGGGUGUAGGUCAGUGACCAUAAAUCGCAAUUUAAUCCGUUUUAAAUUCAGGCUGUAACAACAAAAUAUGGAAGAAGUAAGUACUUUCUGUGAAUACUUUCUGAAGGAACUGUAGUAUAAAAGUACCUGUUUGUGAGAUAGCGAUCUAACCAUCUUGUCAAAUGUUCAGGGGGGGCCCUUUUGAAAAUAAUGUAACAUUUAAAUUAUGAAUAAGAUACUGAUGAAAAUUACAAGAUCAGUCCAAAUAAAAUAAAUAAAAAAAAAUAUUCUAAUUCUGGAUGAACACAGUCAUGAUUCACAAUCAGGGGAGCAACUUUGGUUUUAGAAGUGGGGGUUACAUAUCUUUAUUUUUUUUAAAUCCAUGGAUAAACACUCCAAACGGCCUACCCAACUGCUCGGAGGUAUCCGCAUGGUCCUAAAGCACAGCACACUGCACCAUUGCCUCGUUUUGUAUCACAUUCCAAUGAUAAAACUGGGGGGGACAAAAAUGCAAAUUCAGAAUGUGGGGGCUGACUGGUCCCAGUGAAGGUUGUGCCCCUGCUCACAAUUAAAAGUGUUCUCUUUUCUCUUUGUGUCAAACUGUAUAGUACAAAAUAUGUUCUGAUAUAACCCACCAUCGUGGGUUUAAGUUAAACUGUUGAAAAUGUCGAAGACAAACCAUAUUUUAUCACCCCUCCACAUGAAAGUGCUCCCUUCUCCUAAGAACAACAUAUCGAAGAAGAGGUUGGGUUUGACUACAGGGUUAAAUUAAAUUCUACCCCCAGAAUGCUGUAUGAUAUUUGUUUUUAUACAUAUAUUUAAUCUUCGCUUUUUGUUUCAUCACAAUCUGUGCCCUAUUUUAUAGAAAGGGCUAGGAUUACAUUUACUGUCCAUAUCACACAAUGUCAUCCAUUGUAGUGAGACGUUGGGGCCUCUACCCAAAUGCAUGCCAACAUACUGUAAACAUACCAUUGAAUUGUUAUAGCAUGACAGAGCUUCUCACAAAACGGGAGCUCAUAAUGAAUGAUUCUAUUCAUCUUGCAUCCAGUUCUUUAUUUGAAUAAAUUGCAGUUGCCUUUCUGCAA